AAUCGAGGAAAAAAGGAACUUCUGGCUGUGGGAUGGGCUGUCAUGGCAUCGCAUGGAAAUUGGAAUGGAAGAAGCCAACGGGCCCCAUAAACUAUCCACCCACCCAGCCGUCCCCACCCCACCUUGUCCUUCCAAGGACAAUAAAUAUUAUUUGGAUGUCUGAUGAUGAUUUCAGGUCGGUUCAAUUACUCCUAAAGACUACUUCAAUCUAAUCGUCCAGUCAACGUUCGCCGGCGCGUGGAGUUGCGGGAUUAGCGAUGGGGAGCUACAGGGUGUGCGUGUGCUUCACCCGGAGGUUCAGGAUCACGGAGGCGGGGCCGCCGGAGGACGUGAAGGAGGCGUUCAGGAAGUACGCAGAGGGGGGGACGCAGAUGACGGCGGAGCAGCUUCGGAGGUUUCUGGUGGAGGUUCAGGGCGAGGGCGGCGCCACCGCCGCCGAGGCUGAGAGCAUCUUACAGCAGAUCGUCCAGAAACGGCACCACAUUACUAAGCGCACGCGCCACGCGAUCACCCUCGAAGAUUUCCACCACUUCCUGUUCUCGUCGGAUCUCAAUCCCCCAAUCAACAGUAAGGUCCACCAAGAUAUGACGUCUCCUUUAUCACAUUAUUUUGUAUACACGGGCCAUAAUUCAUACCUUACUGGAAAUCAGCUCACAAGCGAUUGCAGUGAUGUUCCAGUAAUUAAGGCGCUGAAGAAGGGAGUGCGAGUAAUAGAACUUGAUAUAUGGCCGAAUUCCACAAAGGAUGAUGUGCAUGUUUUGCAUGGAAGAACGGUAACAGCUCCAGUGGAGCUAAUAAAAUGCUUAAAAUCAAUUAAAGAGCAUGCCUUCGUCGCUUCUCCUUACCCUGUCAUAAUAACAUUGGAAGAUCAUCUUAAGCCAAAACUACAGGCUAAAGUUGCUCAGAUGCUCACUCAAACCUUUGGCAAGAUGCUUUUCUACCCCGACUCAGACUGCUUAGCAGAAUUUCCUUCCCCAGAAGACUUGAAACAUCGCAUAAUCAUAUCCACAAAACCUCCAAAGGAAUACCUGGAAGCUCAGACUAACAAGGAGAAAGAGAAUAGUUUGCAAAAGGAAAAAGAUUCUGAUGAAGAUAUAUGGGGGAAGGAGCCUUCAAGCCUUAUUGCUAAUCAAGAAGACAGAGAUGAAAGUGAGAAGGAAUUGACAGAUAUAACUAACAACUACGAAGAUGAUGAUGAUGAGAGUGAUUCAAGAGGCCACGAGGGGCUUGCCUACAAGCGUCUGAUAUCUAUUCAUGCUGGUAAACCUAAAGGAGGGAUGACGGAAGCCCUAAAGAUUGAACGGGGUAAAGUGAGGCGCUUAAGUCUUAGUGAGCAAGCUCUUGAAAAGGCUACUGAAUCUCACGGAGCAGAGAUUGUGAGGUUUACACAGAAAAAUAUUCUUAGAGUUUAUCCAAAGGGAACACGAUUUAACUCGUCGAAUUACAAGCCUCAAAUUGGUUGGCUGCAUGGGGCUCAAAUGGUUGCAUUCAACAUGCAGGGUUAUGGUAGAUCUCUUUGGUUGAUGCAAGGAAUGUUCCGGGCUAAUGGAGGCUGUGGUUAUGUGAAAAAGCCCGACAUGCUGAUGAAUCCAGACCACAUGUUUAAUCCCGAAGCACAAUUGCCCGUCAAGAAGACCCUUAAGGUGAAAGUAUACAUGGGGGAGGGAUGGCACCUGGAUUUCAAACAAACUCACUUUGAUUUGUACUCCCCGCCCGACUUCUAUGUCCGGGUUGGGAUAGCCGGGGCACCUGCUGACGAGACCAUGAAAAAGACCAAGGCGAUAGAGGACAACUGGAAUCCGGUCUGGGACGAGGAAUUCACUUUCCCGCUGACUGUUCCUGAGCUGGCUCUGCUGCGGAUUGAAGUGCACGAAUAUGAUAUGCACGAGAAGGACGACUUUGGCGGGCAAACAUGCCUUCCGGUUUCGGAGUUGAGGCCCGGAAUUCGAUCUGUUUCCUUGUGUGAUCGGAAAGGGGAGAAGCUGAAUUCGGUAAGGCUUCUCAUGCGUUUCGAUUUUUCUUGAUUUGAGUGGUUCUUUGCUGAGCUAUGCUUCUGAAGCUUAUGUAAUGUUUUCCUGGGCAUGAAAUGAUCAGUUAAUAAAUAAGUUCUAUGUGUUGAUGUGUGAGAUU